AUGGAGUUCUCACGAAGGGGCUGGUCUCCUCGAUCGACGACUAUCGGCAUUACUUUGCUUACUUUACUUACACUUGUGAUUGCGCAACAACCAGUACAAGUCAAGCUGGACGAUGGACCAUACUCUGGUUUAACAGCGAAUGGCGUCAACAAAUUCUUGGGCAUUCGGUAUGCGGCACCACCACAACGCUUUGCACCACCGGUGCCUGCUUCGAUGGCGCCUCAUAACGACGUAAUCAACGCGACAGCCUUCGCUCCAUCCUGUAUUCAGGCUAUACCUGCUGCGAUUGCUGCCAUGAUGCCGUCCGGUCCUGAAAGCGAAGACUGCUUGUUCGUCAAUGUCUACGCACCUUCUUCUCCUUCACCCGCCUAA